UCUCCUUGCCUGUACAUUAUUCAAUUCAAACCUAUAAGUGUUACCUGAAUGAUAAAUCGAAUAUGACCAAUUGUUAUCAACUAAUCAUCUUGCUGGUAGCUGCUAUCACAUGCAGUACUGCCCUCCCUGCAACUUUUCCAAAAGGAAUUGACAAAGCGAGCGAAGAGUCACGUGAUUGGCUGCAGAGGGGUAUACGAAAUAUAUUUAGGUUUUCUCCUGCAUACGGAGGGGAGGAGGCAGUUGAGCAGAACUGGAGAAGAAUUCUCAGCACAAUAAAAAGGAAUUCGUGGCCAAGAGAAAAUCAGUUAAAGGAGCAGAGUUAUCACGCGCAGGAUCUGAUCAGGUCAUUCUUGGAUAGCAAGCCAACGUACAACAUCAGUCCUAGAGGCACAAAUGCCGAAGAGGCUUCUGAACAGCUCAAUGGACGGAAUUCCUACAGAACGGCUUUGCUGCAAGCCUUGUUUAGAAUGAAAGGGCAGCCAGAUUCAUUUAGAAUCAGCUUCCCAUGGCCAAGCAUGAAGAGCUCCACUACAACCCAACCGCCCCCUAUGGAUCCAACCCAGUCGUCCACUCAGCCACCAACUGAGAUGAGUAUGCAGCUGUUUAACAACCUACUGAAGGCCCUCAAAGCUGAACAAUAAUAUAAACAUGCAAAUACUAGUUGGAACUGAUAGUAUAGCAGAUAAUUAUAGUAUUUUUAGGAUUCAUUAUGAUAUCGUUUGUGUGUGGGCAUGAUGA